AUCCGCAAGGGAAAAGUCCGGAGAUGUGCUGAAAGUGUCCGUAGUAGUGCUGGUGUUGGUGCGAGUUUAGAUGUAGACUGAAUGACUGAAUCUCUGAACUACAGUGGCUAGUGCACGGCCAGUAUGUAACGCGGCCGGCGUCACUACAGAGAGUAGUGGCUAAAAAAAGCAAAGUACAGCGACAUGCCUCGAGCCAAUGCGUGCCCAAUGAAUUCCCCGAGUAGAGUGAACUACAUCAACUACAUGGUGAACUAGAACCGCUAGAACCCUGAGACAAGCUACGCGCAUGCGUGCGGCGGUACUGAGUGUACUAAGUACUAAGCACAGGGGCAGGUGGAAGCUACUCGCGGGAAAGUUUCUUCCUUGUGUCCCUGUAUGCGCUGCCUCCACUGCCGCUUGGUCGUUGUAGUCGCCCAGAGACCCGCGCACCGUAGGUGUCAUGUUGCGCAACGUCAUUCCUAGGCACCUCGAAAGAGCGCGAAGGCACGUUGACUGUUGGACUGGCUACGUGGACUCCCAAGAGACGUUCGACAAGUUUAUGCGCCACCUCGCCGCCAAGAAGGUGGUAUUCAAAACCUUGACAACGAGGCAAUACCCUUGUGUAAAAGAGAGGCUCCUGCUGUCCCCUCAAAGUGACCAUGUCUUCAUAGACGAAGAUGUGCCAUACACGGUUGUGGGGACCACAUGGUUUUGGCAACCAUGCUGUGAUAUUGAAAUAGACCCUGCAAGUUUACAUAAUGUAAGAUGUGGUGAGAAAGAAGGGGCAGAUUGGUUGACAGCCAUCUUGAUGGAGCAUGACAACUGCCGAGGGGCAAGAUACAUCAGCUGCCCUGCAAUGAUGUACGUCAAACAAGUGGAUACAUACCCAGAAUUUCGGGUGCCUUUCCUGACACAAUAUUCUACAAGUCAAGGACGUGAAGCAGCCAUAAAAGAAACGCUGUCGCGGCUGAAGCUGGCUCUUCACGAAGAGUCUUCUGGGAAGCCUCUGCUCAGGCAACAACGCUUUUACAUCAAGAUGUGUGACAAAAUGGGCCGUUUGAACCACAACGAAGACUACUGCUGUGAAGAACAGCCAGCAAACACAAACGUAAUGCAGAAUCAGAUGCAGUGGGCACAGACGAACAUGCCAUCACUUGCAACAGAUGAGAACUGUUUGACAUAUUACGUGAAAGAAGUUCUGUUUGCGGGCGAUCCAAGCUUAAUAACAAAGUGUGAGGAUUUUCACGCAACCAAGAGAACCAUAAAAGAUCUCAUACGGAGAGCCCUGUUGAAGGACGGGUUUAGUUCUCUCGUGCAAGAGGACAUUGCAAGUUUCGUGAAUGAACUACACGAGAAAGUGCCAGAGACGAAUCAUCGUUUUCAUACUUAUCAGCAGAGAGAUGUACAGAGGGAAAGUGACCAACAGUCUACGGAAUUCGACUGCAACAUCUUGGAGACAAUAGCGAGCGAAUGCAGAGACGCGUUGCUGCUUUGUGCUCAUGUGGAUUUUGUGAGAAAUCUCAUGCACAAGCAUUCUGAGAUUGUCAUUUGUAUCGAAGUGGCAUUGCGCGGAACCGGCUAUGCCCUACCGGUCUUCCUCUUAUGCUUCAAAACGCCAAGGUAUCAUGCCAUGGUCGGUACGUUUCUUGUUCACUUUGAGAUGGCCGACUGCAUGGCGGAGGCGCUUGAUCUGUUCAAGGCUCGUGACCCGAAUACUGCCGUUACAAAGUUCUGGAUUGUAGAACACAGCGAAGCAGAGAUCAGUGCACUGUCUUCCGUGUUCCCAGGCAGUCGUCCUCUACUGUGCGACUUCCACCGACAUGAAUCGUGGAGCGAGUGGCGACCCAAAGCAUUGAGCGACACAGGGGACGUCAGCUUCGUCAAGGAAAUGCUGCAGAAAGUAGCUUGCAGCAAAAAUGACGAUGAGCGCAGGUCAGUGGUGGAAACGCUGGAACAUUCUCCCCACUGGCAAAGAAACAAGAGGCUGCAAGGAUACGUGUGCCAAAAGUGGCUGCUGGUCAUUGAAAUAUUGGCAGAAAGGCAGGGACGUGCAUUUUGUUUCAGUAACUUAAUAUCGGAUUCGGGGACUGAAAGUCGGAAAGUGCAGUCGUUUUUGGCAAAACAUUGUCGUAGCCACCAUGCUCGAGGACUCGUUCGAGUUUUCGCGAAGAAGUUUUCUCCGGAUAACAAGGUACAGGCUUUACAGGCCAGUGCAAGCUCCGUUCCUCAAUACCCUCUUCACCAUGGCGCAUUGCCCCAGUAUCCCCACUGCAAACCUACUAAUGAUACAAAACACAUUGUGGAAGGCUUAGCGAGCGCUGCUCCCUGCAGAAAGUCAGAUAUUAGGCGAGACAAAGAAGAAGGCACUUUUUUGAUCUCUUCUACCACUCAGAGUUGUAGGUUUGAAGAAGUGAACUUAAACAUUUCAAGCUGCACUUCUUCCAAGUUCAUACAGACUGAGGUGCCAUGCAAACACAUUGCAGAGGUCUUCUCGCAUAGUAAGGGCCGGGACAUUUCAUGCACUCCAGCUGCUUACAGGAAUGAACCAGCAGCCCAAGCAAAUGCCGAUUGUGUGCUUCAGCAAAUGACAAGCAGGGCACCAGAAAGGGAAGUUCUUCAGAAGGUCGAACCAAAUCAGCCUCGCAUCGCAGGCAUUGACAAUAUUGAUUGCUUAUUGAAAACGGUGAAUGAUGCCUCAGUUUUCAUCAAGGUCAAAUUGAGUGCGCCACAAAUGAUAGCCCAUGGCACCACUGAUUGCAUGUCACUGGGAAUUAGUAGCAAUGCGCCAGUAACGGAAGCUUGUAUCAAGGCCGAGCCAAAUAUGACAACCCAUGAAGACGCUGAUUUCGUGAUGCAGGAGACGGUUAGCGAGGCAUCUGAAGGAGUUUUUAUCAAGCUUGAACCGAAAGACGGACAUGUGGCAGAUCAUGCUGAUACUGAGUGCAUGUCGCAAUGUACUAUAACUAGCACAGCAUCACAAAUGGCAGCUUCUAUCAAGGCUGAACCAAAGAUGAUACUUGAGGCAGCCCAUGAAGAUGCUGAUUUCAUGUUGCAGGAACCGAUAAGUGAGGCAUCUGUUAUGGAACCUUGUAUGAAGGCCAAACCAAAUGAGCCUGGUAUGACAGCACAUAAAGGCAGUGAUUGCAUGUCGAUAGGCAAGGUAUCAGAAAUGGAAGUUUGCAUCAAAGUUGAACCAAAGGAGACACAUGAGGCAGUCCUUGGUUAUGCUGAUUACGUGUUGCAGGAUAUGACUAGCACAACAUCAGAAAAGGCAGCUUCCAUCAAGGCUGAAACGAAUGAGACAGACAUGAUCGCCCAUGAAAAUGCUGGUUUCGUGAUGCAGGACAAAAUGAGCAAGGCAUCUGAAAUGGAAGUUUUUAUCAAGGUCGAACCAAAUGAGGCAGAAACAGUAAGCGAGGCAUCUGAAAUGGAGACUUGCUUUGAGGUUGAACCGAAUGAGAUAGGCGUGGCAAACCCUGAAGGCACUGAUUAUAUGUCGCCAAUAGCAAGUAGCAAGGCAUCGGAUAUCGAAGCUUGUAUCAAGGUCGAGCCAAGUGAGCCACACACGACAGGCUAUGAUGAUGCUAGUUCCAUUUUGCAGGAAACAGUCAGCAAUGCACCAGAAGUAAAAUUUUUUGUCGAAGGUGAGCCACAUGUCAUGUUCCACGAGAUCGCUGGCUGUGCAUUGCAAGAAAGAGUGAGUGAGAUAUCAGAAAUGGACCCUCGUGUCAGCUUUGAACCGAGUGGGUCACUUUUGAAAGUACACGAAGACGCGGACUACUUACUACUGAAAACAGUGAGCAAUGCCUCAGUUUGUAUUGAGGCCAAACAAAGCGUACUGCAUAUAACAGCUCAUGAAGACAGUGAUUGUGUAGUGCAAGAAAGAACGUUCAAAUCCCAAGAAACAAAAGAUUGCUUGAAGGCUGAACAGGACUUGGAACCCGCUGAACUGCCAGCUGAAACGUGUUCCAGGUAUCUCGAGCAAGGAGACCCCAAGAAGAGCAUGUUACGCAUAAAAUCACAAAUCAAGGCUCGAAUGGAGGAGGUAGAUUCUCUGCUUUGUUGUAUACAGGACACUGCGCUGUUGCAACAAGUGGUAGACAAAGUGAACCAAGCCGCAGCACUGGUAGAACGAAACGUGGCUGGGUGUAGUGGUGCUUGCAAUGGCAGGAGUACAGCUCAAAGAUGCAUUGGUGCUAAAAGAAAAAGGGCAACAUCAACUGAAUUAACAAAGAAAAAAAAAGAUAUCAGCUAGCCAGUGUACAGAAUAAGCCAGCCAGUACACAGAUCUAUAAGUAGCUACUGGCAAACGUGUGUUUUAAUUGCCUUGUGCAGAGACAUUUUCCUGCAUCAUUUUGUGUAUAUAUUUAUAUUUAUUGAUCAACAUGCAUUGAUCCUCAUCGCAAAAAUAAACAGCAUAUAUUCUGGUCAGCUAA